AUUUGACACAUACAAAAUCAACAGGAAAAAAAUACCUUUGACACACCCUAGUUACUCUAAAAAAAGAAACUGUGUGUUCCCAUUACGGUUUCCGCUGUCCCGAGUCGGCUUAGUAUUCAAAGUGCAUAAGAGGGUAGCCGGGACGGGCCAAAUACGAAGGGCCCAAAUUGAGAGUUGCGAGUAUCAAAUAAGAAUAGGGUUUGUGUUGCGACAUUUAGCUAGGGUUAGAAUGAUGAUGAAUUUCCGCCGCAUCGCAGCAGGUUCUCUUCAUCUCUUGCACAAGUCCGCAACACGUCCCGCUCUGUUUCCCAGACCCUCGGAUUCUGGCGUCAUCGCUCGUCUUCGAUGGACGACAAGGGCUCUUUCUACAACGGAAUCUGGUGAGACGGCGGCGACGACAUCGCCAUCAGAUCCAAACGAAGGCAAAGACAACCUCAUGAGCUGGGUGAAUAGCCUUCACAAGGAAGGCAAACAUGAACUCGCCCUACAUCUCUUUGACUCUAUGGAUGCGAAGAAGGUUGAAUUUACUCCCUCCGAGUUUGCACUUUAUAUUGAGAUCCUUGCUAAGGUCAAAGGCUUAGGAUGUGCUUUUAACUACUUCAAAAAAGCAGACCCAGACUUCAACAAUCUAGACCAUCAUGCCAGGAAUUGGCCUGCCUACGCCACGCUCGCGCGUCUGCACUGGGAACACCUCAGAAAAGCUGGGCUAAGGCCACUCACCCUUUCUUGUGAUGACGAGUCUUCUGGGAGCAAACUCCAUGCGAAUAUGAAGCGCAUGGAUAUCUCUGCGCCCCCCGCCCCGAAACUGACCCACAGCACAGCGCAGUGGCGGAGGCAACGUACAACUAGGGGGGUCAGUUGACCUUUGUUCGUGGUGCUUACCUUUGUAGACGACUAAGUUCUAGCGGUUUGUGUCUUAAUAAUGAAUAAAGCAGGUUCUUUCAUAUGAAAGAACCUUUUAAAGCUUUUCAAUUACGGCUUUAAUAAAUAGUUAUGUUUAUU